AUGGAACGUUAUAAAAUCGAAAACGAAAACAACCAUCGAUUCAUCGAGAGCGGACUCACCCUGACAUCGGAGGGCGCGAGCAGUGCGCAAGGGCCUAGCAGUCCUACACUCUCCCAGCAAGUCAUUUUCGCUGCGGGCGCUCGCGUCCACCGUCCGUCGCCUACUCCCGACGAGUCCGCUAUCGCAUCGCGAUGCACCGGCACCGGCCGGGGUUACGUAAGCCGUGUCGCGAUACGAUUCCGCACAUCGGGCACAAAGCGACCGGUCAAAGCAAGCGUGAGGCGCCAAGCGAUCCGAAAGCGGCUUAACCGAACGUCAAAAUUACGAGGC